AUGUUCGCGAGAGCGCUGAUAUCUGGGACAGCACUGCUCCCAGGCGCUCCGCUCUGCGCGUACCGCACGAACGGCGACACGUCGGUGUUGUGGUUCGCCAGCCACGGCGCGCGAUUGUCCAUCGGCCGGGGCCGCUCGCCCACGGUGGGGCCGCUGCUGCCCGACGUCUUUGCCCGGGGCAGGCAGUGA